ACAAAAAACAUUCUAAUGCCUUCGACCCGCUCUGCUGCUGCUUCUAGGCGCCAGGGAAACGAACCAGCGCAAGUUGUUUCCCUGUGGUUAUCCAUAUGAAGUUCUGAUGGACCUUCACAUUGGUUGGCGAUUUCCCCUUCCUUCCACCGUCGCACUGAAUUCUCUCCGACAACAAUGAGCGGCAAGAGUAUCAGGCUCUUUGGCUCGGCGUCCCAUCACCACUCCUCCGCAACGCCAUGCACCCGCACCCAUCAGAUCGGCGCACUAGCCCUAGUCAUCACCACCUACUUCCUCACUCGUCUAUUCCACCAGUUCAUCGACCCUUGUUCCUUCCCGCCCACCAACUACGCCACUGGAGAGCUCGGAUCCGCAAACGACGCCGUACGGUUCUCUGACGGAGGGUCUGUCUCGUGGCCCCAACGCGGGUACGGGCCCCACCUUUCCCUGAAAAUCUACGUUUACGAGGCGGGCGAGAUUGAUGGUCUCGAUCUGCUGUUGUCCGGCCGGGAAGGAAAUAUAUCCCCUGAAUCAUGCCUCAAAGGACAAUGGGGCUCUCAGGUCAAAAUUCACAGGCUUCUCUCCCAAUCAAGAUUGCGGACUAGGAGGAAAGAGGAGGCAGAUUUGUUUUUUGUGCCAAGUUAUGUUAAAUGUGUACGGAUGAUGGGUGGUCUCAAUGAUAAAGAAAUAAAUCAAACCUACGUCAAGGUUUUAAGUCAAAUGCCAUAUUUCAGGUUAUCUGGAGGCCGCAAUCACAUAUUUGUCUUCCCAAGCGGAGCUGGAGCUCAUUUGUUCAAGUCGUGGGCAACAUAUUUGAAUCGCUCUAUCAUUCUUACUCCUGAGGGUGACAGAACAGAUAAACGAGACACUAGUGCUUUUAAUACAUGGAAAGACAUUAUCAUCCCUGGAAAUGUUGAUGAUGGGAUGACUAGUUCACACAGCUCUCGGUUAGUUGAGCCUUUGCCUUUGUCAAAAAGGAAGUACUUGGCAAACUUUCUAGGCCGAGCGCAAGGAAAGAGUGGUCGGCUUCAACUGAUCAAACUUGCAAAACAAUUCCCAGAAAAGUUGGAAUCUCCAGAGUUGAAAUUCAGUGGUCCAGAUAAGCUGGGGAGAGUGCAAUAUUUUCAGCAUCUUCGUAAUGCCAAGUUUUGCCUUGCUCCACGUGGUGAAUCAUCAUGGACUCUCCGCUUUUAUGAGUCUUUUUUUGUGGAGUGUGUUCCAGUCAUUAUAUCAGAUCAAAUAGAAAUGCCAUUUCAGAAUGUUAUAGACUACACUCAGAUAUCAAUCAAAUGGCCAUCCACGCGGAUUGGCCCUGAACUUUUAGAGUACCUAGAAUCAAUACCUGAUAGAGACGUCGAAGAGAUGAUAUCCAGGGGUAGAAAAGUGAGGUGCUUAUGGGUCUAUUCUCCCACCCUCGAAGCAUGUUCUGCAUUUGGUGCAAUCCUCUGGGAACUGCAGAAGAAGGUGAGACAAUUCCAUCAGUCCACGGAAACAUUCUGGCUUCAUAAUAGAACAAUAGUGAACAGGGAUUUAGUUGAAUUCAACAAAUGGAAACCACCCAUGAUUUUGCCUUGAAAGAAUCCGUUUGCCUUUACUGCAUAGUGCAUAUUAAUCCCUUUGUUGUUGGAAAAGGUUUCUAUAGUUGUACUACUAAUAGCAUAGAAUCAUUGUGAUCCAUAUUUGCCAGUCCUGUAAUCUGACUGGCUUACUGCCCGUAUUUAACCACGUUAAUACAAUAUUUUCAUACUUCCUCUACAUAGUACACAUCUACAUUUGGG